AUGCCGCGAGAGCCGCCGCCGCAGAAGGAUGAGGACAGCGCCCCGGAGCCGCCCGAGCGUGCCGGCUCGCCUCCGGAGGUGGCCUCUCUAGCUCACAGCGCCGUGAGCCUGGGUAACGCCGAGGUCGCCCACUCGCCGACUCCGGCGGCCCGGGCUCCCUCCAUCGCCUCGGUCCGGUCAGCCCGGGCCAGUGAGGUGUCACUGGCGGACCGGGCCGAGCCGGCAGCUCACAGUGCCGGAGAGCGCGCCGCCUCACUGGAAGUCAUCAGCACGGAGCGCGUCCCUCCGGCCACCCAGUCGCCGUCACCGCCGCCGCCGCCGCCGACGGACGUCCUGGACGGACAGACGACCAGCAGCCAGGUGGAUCUGGCCACUGAGAACCCGGAGCCGGCGGAGGCCGAGCGGGCCGGCUCGCCACCCGAGGUGGGCUCGCCAAAACACAGCGACGUGCAGCUGGCCGAGGGUCGCCAGUCGCCGGGCGCCGCCGCCGGCCGCGCCGGCUCGCCGUCCGAGGCACUCACGCCGCAGCACAGUGACGUAGAUGUGGCCGAGGCGGCGCCCCAGGACGGUCCCCAGGGCCCCGAGCGGGCCGGCUCGCCGCCAGAGGCCGGCGCCGACACGGCGGAGCAGUGA